GAUGGUUCGUUUGUGAUGAAACAGAUGCUUGCAGUAUUCCUGUUGUUAAUACCUACGCUUUGGGGAGAUGAAACCGAAGCUAGCGUUCUCGUGGCAGACACCACAAUGUCCAGAAUGGUUGAAUUGUACGCCAGUGCUCCCUUCUGCGACUUGUACACCGACCGUGGUGUUAUUCAGAAAAUGAUCCUUGGAGCUGAUCCGAAAAAGGUCCGACAAAUGUCGGCGAACCUCGUAGCAGACUUGGAGGAAACGUGUAAAGCUUCUCGUGAAAAAGGAAAGAACCAGCCUCCAGGCAGUGGAUUGAUCUAUCCAGGCACAAAAUGGUGUGGACCAGGCACUUUGGCAAAAUCGUACGACGACCUUGGUCACCACGCAGACGAGGACGCUUGUUGCAGAGAACACGACCACUGUCCGCUCACUAUAUCGCCUAAAGAGUGCAUUAAUGGCAUAUGUAACAAUUCACCGUUCACACGGUCCUACUGUGACUGCGAUGCCAAGUUCCGUAGAUGCCUGCAGAACCUUAAUUCUGAAGUGGCGAACACCCUUGGUGCCCUUUUCUUCAACGUGAUACAAGUGACUUGUUUUAAGGAGAGGCGUCCGUGCUCGCAAUGGCAGAGAAAUGGUUACACGGAAGAGGAGUCGAACCGGUUGUGCUCCGAGUACAAAUUCCAACCAAGCGACAAGUACGUGCCGUUGAUGCCCUUGAACGUGAACUAGCUAUUGCGGAAACGUAAGAAGAACGGACCAGAUAGCCUUUGAAGUGGUGCCAGUUAACAGAGUUCUAAUGAGCGGGAUAAUUGCACGCGCCUCAGCCACGUACCUCGCAAGCCCCCUUCUCUUUCUUUCACGCAGAAUCGACCUGUCUGGGAAUCUUCUUUCCCGGUCAUUCAUGAAUUUACAUUGUUACAGGUCACUGCUUCCCCUGGAAUGCCAUUUUUUCUCGCUGACUCUGAGAUUGCUCUUGAAAUCUAAAGAUUUAAUUCCUGGCGAAUGUAAAAGGUAUUAGCUUCUUUCUUUGUUUUUCUGGCUUAUUGCAAGUAGAAGAAAAAGAGAAAUAAGACGAGAUUUCUUAGAUUUUAUAGAAUUAAAGAUUUCUUGAAAAAUCUUGACAGAGAUAUAUAUAUAUAUAAAGAAUAUUUAUUUUCUUUUCUAUCUUAAGUGGAAGAAAAAGAAAAAGAACUUGGUGUUUCUUAGCUCUUAUGAAAUUAAAAGUUCCAUUUAAAAGUCUUAGAGAAUUUAAAAGCUAUAAAAGUCUACAAACUAAUCUUAUCCUUGAAUAGAACAAGAUGAAUUAGGGGGUAACGAAAGCAACAGAUAGGUUCACAACGGUCUGAAAGCGAGAAACGGCUACGCAAAUUUUAACACUUGUCGUCCUUGCAAUUCUGUUGCAGCAUGUGCGAGCUUAGUCAUGUGUUGCCACGAAAAUUUAUUUUGCCCUUCGUUUCGCAAUCUUGAAAUGAAGCGCAUAAAAGAUAUUGUGCAAUAUCUCGAAUGCCCUUGAAGAGAAAUUGGCGCAAAACUUGAAAAAAGGGACUACAAACUUCAAGGGCGUCACGUAUAAGUAAUUGAAUCAAAUUUAUAUUACGGACAAAGUAAUUCAUAAUUUUACUGCUCAAUAUUACUCUUUUAACGUGUUUCCAACUUUAAAAGCGACGGUUUAGGUGAUCAACGUUCGUAGAAAGAGCAAGAGAAGGUUAUUCACCGCAGACAUACAAAGUAGUGGACAGACAUACAACUUUGUUUUUUGGUAAAUUUAAAUUGAAGCAAAGUUCAGCAACAAGAAGAAAUAUGAUAUAGUAUGAUUAUUGAAGAAUUGUUGCUCGAUUGAAUGCGAUGAAGGAAAGUUUUACCGGAACUAUGGUACCGAAAUAAGGUUCGCAUCUCUUGCAUAUCAUUCGUCGUCAUUGCCGUUACGCAAUUGCAUAAAAACGCGCGGCAUUAGCUACGAUCCUUCUUAGAUUAGGAUUAUCCAUCAAGUUGAUGAGGAGAGAGUUGAAAGGAAUUUAUUAAAAUUUAUUACAAAUCGUUAAAUACAGAAAUAGUACUGUAAUAACGUAUCGAAUUAAAUUCUUUUAUGAAGUGACAGAUGAUGUUAGUUCUACAUUAACUCGAUGGAUUUACAACGUACCAAUGAAUUCCACUAUAUUUACGAUUUUUCUAUCCUCUUUGAUAGCUUAGACUUUGAAACUUGUGUAUUCAACGAAUCUCUAUCUCAUUUAAGACAUUUUUAAGGCCGCUCGUGUACCCGAUGCAAGAUAAAAGCACCAGAGAUAACAAUGCGGAUUAAAUAUUCAAGAAUCAUGAAAGAUUAUGAUUCAUUCCAUUUGCAUUGCUCGAAAUAAUCUGGAAGACACUUGAUCGAACAGAUUUGUUAUUCCUUAUUUUCGCUGUGAAUGCUACACGAGUUGAGUUCAACGUCUCAGCCUCAUUAAAUAUUUCAUAUUCUCGUUUAACUGUAUAGCUUACGUCCUAGAACUUGAAAAACAUGUUGACACUGAAAUUCCCUUGAGGUUUUUAUCUUUCACAUAACUCUCUAAUCUUCUGUUAACUUGUUAACCAGGAAGAUAACUCGUCAUUCCUACAAUAAUUUCUUUAUUUGGAGAUUCUCCGUUCUUUUAUUAGCUUUAUUUCUGCUAAAAAAAAAAAAACAAACAAUUGUUUAGUAUCUCUUCGACAAAAAUUGUUUAAGACAAGCAAAGGUUUAAAAAUUGUUCAAUGUUCUAUUGAAAAGAAUUCUUAUACCUCUUCAUCCUGAACAGAACAUUUUCGUCUUUUGACUUUGUUUUAACAAUAUUUUACUAUAAAAAAAGAAUACUAAUUAUUUCGAGCAGUGGUCGAGAAAGAAAAUGAAGAUAUCAGAAAGAACAGAAUGACGACGGCCCUGCACGAUCUUUACUGUGAUUGAAAUUAUUCAGACGUAAGCAUGUUGUACAGUUUUACUCGUGUAGAGGUAUGUUAUAAGCAACCGACCGUUAUUUGUGGCUACUCGUGCCCAAAUAAUCGAUGAGGCAUUGACAGUGCCGGAAGUUGUCGCUGGACGACCGAGGAUUAUCCGGAUUUUGUAAAUAUUUCGAGAAGGUCAGCCGGGGAAGAGUGCAAUCGAUUGAGCGUGUCACAUUGAUGUUACGUUGAGAAUACCUCAGUGACAUUUUAUUUCCUAAAGACCUUCGAUUGACCAAUGGUACAGUGAAAUC